GAGGACGAUCACGUAUCUGAGGCCGGCUUGAAUGACUUUAGGCCGAUGCCAAGAAAUCUUUUUGUAGGAGGAGCCGAACAGGAUCACUUAAGUGAGACGGAUGAUGAGAGAACACCAACUGGGUAUGCAACCCAGCCUGAACAGUUCCAAGCUCCAACAGGAACGAGACAAAGAUCUGCCAGACCGAACAAUGCACAGCGUGAACGACCUGAAAGGUCAACAGAACCUGCUCGGACAACCGAGCUCGAAGAGAGAACCAGAGUUCUCGAAAUGGCAAUAGGAAGAAUCCUUGCCCGUUUAAUCCCUGAUGACCCCCUGAUUCCUUUGCUGAACAGGGAUGCACAACCAGCUGCGGUUAUGGCGACUAGAAACUCACCCGCCCUAAGCAAUAUAGUGGUACCGACCAGGCCGAGAGGAAGUGGGAAGCUGAAUAUCGAGCCCAGCUCGUCCAAAUACAGUGAAGAAUUGAUGAGAAAGAACGCAGACCUUGAAAGGCAACUGCGGGAUGUACAGAAAUCCAUUGACGAGCUGAAAAGCCCCCGGUCGCAUCAGCAGACUUUAGAUUUGGAUAGUGCUCCACUGAACCUAUCCAUCACGGCAGAGCCAUAUCAAGAGGGAUUCAAAAUUCCCCACCUAGAGACAUAUGAUGGCACGAAAGACCCGGAUGAACAUCUACACACCUAUCAAGCCAUCAUGAGGAUUCAAAACGCUAAUGAUGCCAUGAUGUGCAAAGUGUUCCCGGCGACACUGAAAUCAACAGCCCGAAGAUGGUAUCACAAACUCCCCAGACAUUCAAUAGAUUCCUUUUCCCAGCUCGCCAAGUUGUUCUCUAACAAAUUUGCAAGCCAAAGGGAGAUCAAGCGCACAGCAACUGAGCUGAUGCAGGUUAACCAGAAGGAAGGGGAGUCUUUGAGAGAUUACAUGCAGCGGUUCAACAAAGCCACACUGGACAUUGAUAAUAUCCCAGAUACAAUCUGCUUGUCCGCCCUGCUACAUGGGUUGAAGCGUGGCCGGUUCCUAGACGACCUGCUGGAGAAUCCACUGAAGACGUGGAACGACGUGGAACGAACAGAGGCGAUUAGCUCGGUCCUACUCAGGGAAGAGAAUAAGAACCAGAAGCCUAUCUGUUAUGUAAGCAAAGUCUUACAAGGCGCCGAGCAGAACUACCCACUAGCGGAAAAGGCUGCUUUUGCCCUGGUUUACACAGCUCGUAAGUUGAGAGCCUACUUCCAAUCGCACCAGAUUGUUGUUUAUACUGAUUUCCCGCUAAGGAAAAUACUGCAGAAGCCAGAGCUCUCUGGUCGGCUCAUCGGAUGGAGUAUCGAACUGAGUGAGUAUGACCUUAAGUUUCAGCCGCGCACAACUAUAAAAGGCCAAGCUGUGGCAGACUUCCUAGUUGAAUGUGCCUCGGCGACUGUGAAAGACAAGGCACCUGAAAACCCACUUUGGGUUUUGUAUGUGGAUGGAGCUGCUAAUGUCGAAGGAUCUGGUGCUGGAGCUGUGCUACUGGGCCCUGAUGGCUUCAAGUCUGAGCACGCGCUGAGGUUUAAGUUUCAGACGACCAACAAUGCUGCAGAAUAUGAAGCCCUCAUAUAUGGAUUGAAGUUGGCGGACGAGCUGAAGGUACAAAGCGUUCAGGUCUUCAGCGACUCUCAGCUCGUAGUCCGCCAGGUGAAUGGUAACUGCGACAUCAGGGAUCCUCAGCUCGGUCGUUAUGCCUCUGUGGUCAACACAUUGAAGUCCAGGUUCGCUUCAUUUCAGAUCGACAAAAUACCGCGGACAGAUAACCAGCGAGCUGACGAGCUGUCAAAGUUGGCUUCCUCGCAGGACGUUAACCCUCAAAGAUCAACAAUCGUUGAGGUGCUUGACGCACCGAGCUACACUGAUUUCACAAUCGAGUGCCAAUUGUUGAGUACAGACCACUCCAUAUCGAGCUGGACCACCCCGCUUAUGAAUUAUCUGCAAAGUGGCGAGCUGCCUGAAGACCACUCCGCUGCAAAGAUGAUAAAACGCAGGGCGGCCCAUUUCACUGUGUUAGAUAACCAGCUCUACAAGCGAGCAGCCUCAAUGCCCCUAUUACGCUGCCUUACUCCUUACGAGGCUGAAUACGCCGUGAGAGAAGUUCACGAGGGAGUAUGUGGCACGCACAUUGGUGGCAGAACUUUGGCUCGAAAACUACUGAGGCAUGGUUAUUACUGGCCUACUAUGGUCGAAGACGCACAGGACUAUGUCAAAAAGUCUGGUCGCCACAUUGACGAGCUGAUCGGGUGGCACACUGCACGCGAGCUCAUCUGUGACGAGUCACUUCUACUCACCACCAUAACGAACCCAAAUUGAUAUGGAUCUGGCUGUAUCAACGACUUUAAUUUUCCUUCUCAAUUUUUAACUUGAACAAAGAACAUGGAUUGGAUCUGAAAUCACAUGAAUUUGAUCUGAGAUGUUGUGUAUGUCUAUAUUUACAUAUAUGUACACUGUAUGACUUGAGCUGUUAGAAUCAAAUCACUGUAAAUAU